AUGGCCGCCUCAGCCAGGGUGACCGAGUAUGUUGGCUGGACCCCUGAAGAAAUUGAGAUCGAUGGCGACGAAAGCCUCCUUGCUGAAGCCCUACUCAAAGACCGGUUGUGUGUGAUCAGCGACGGUUCUUAUAAGCUCGGUCUGGGCACGGCAGCGGUUCAACUGCUUCCACGUAAGGGUGGCACAGAACCUAUUAUCGUCCGGUGCCAGACUCCAGGUCUAACUGACGACCAGAGCGCGUACCGGAGUGAACUGAUUGGCCUACUUGCCGGUAUCAUGGUUGUUGAUUGGCUCCUCGACCAGUGGGCCCCAACACUUCGAUCACCACCCCGCGUUAGGAUUGCGUGCGAUGGAUUUUCGGCGUUGCUCAACACCUUUGGUGACAAUCAAGUCACACCGCAACAAGCCCAGUUUGACCUGAUCUCCUCUAUCCGGGAGGCACUUGCCCGCUCUAGGGCCUCGUGGGAACCUAGCCACGUGUACGGUCACCUCGAUACGGCGACAUCCUUUUCCUGCCUCUCUUGGUGGUCUAAACGGAAUGUGGAAGUGGAUGCGUGGGCGGUUGCCUAUCGCCACCAGCUUGAGGCUUCACACCAAUCGAUCGCACCUAACGCUCGUUUCUUUACCGAAUUGGCUGCCCUUUACAUUGGGGACGUCAAACAGUCGCGAUUGAAUCCAGAACAGGUCCAGGAACUUGUGGCGCUGCCUGCUCUACGCAAGCGAUGGCACGAGCGGCAGACAAUUACACCAGAGGCAGAGCUGGAGACCGAUUGGACCAGUCUGGCUCGCGCCAUGAGCUCUCUUCCGGCAGGUGUCCAACGUUGGACCACAAAGCAUGUCGUGGGUAUGUGUGGUGUAGGGAAGUUCAAAGUCCGGUGGGGUUCCGCCGACUCAGCUGCAUGUCCCUGCUGCGGCGAGUUCGAGGACCACCUUCACGUCCCUCGAUGUACGGCACCUUCGGCUAGUGCGGAAUGGGAUCGCCGGACGGCGUCUUUGGACCAAUGGCUGGACACUCAAGUCACUGACCCAGCAAUCAAACACGCUAUUCUCCACCUUCUUCAAGGGGUUUGUGAUCCGUCCCUACCUCGCAGUCGAUUGGUUCCGGUUCGUCUUCGCCACGCUUUCCUCUCUCAACAACGCAUCGGCUACCAAGGUUUAUUGGAAGGCCGGCUGUCUGUUCAGUGGGCGGCCCUGCAGGAACAGUACCUUCAGUCACGUGGGAGCCAACGCUCUCCGCACCUGUGGGUCUCUCGCCUGUCGCAUCAGCUGAUCUUGCUUGGAUUUCAUAUGUGGGAACACAGGAACUCGGUGCAACAUUCGGAGGACAACGUACAGCUACGCGAACGUAGCCGAUUGGUGAACGACGGUAUACACUCUCAGUUUGAUAUGGGCCCAACCGACCUCCCCAAGGUAGUUCAACGCAUGCUCGCUGUG